UGGGAAGAUGCGGACUUGAUAGCCCACGAAAAUGUAAUUUUUGGAGAGGUUCUCUGGCCCUACCAAAUCCCAGCAUGUACAGAUCAGGCGAGAAGCCGAAACGGCGGCUACGCGCUCACAGCUCCAGCAUCCGAAACGUCGAAAUUGCCCGAGGGAGAGCAGGAUACGGUUUUACUCUUUCUGGCCAAGCUCCCUGCGUGCUGAAUUCUGUUUUAAAAGGAAGCCCUGCAGAUUACGUGGGGCUGAAGGCAGGGGAUAAAAUCUUCGCCAUCAACGAAAUUAACGUGAAAUGGGCCUCCCACGAAGAUGUGGUGAAGCUGAUCGGGAAAUGCUCUGGGGUUUUGCACAUGGUCAUUGCCGAAGGCUACGGUCACGCGGAAGCUGGUUCCAGCGAGGACGAAGAUGGCCUUCAUGAUGGGAAGGGGUGGCCAAAGACCAAGCUUGACCUGAAAGGCCCGGGGAUAAACCGGGCGGUGAAAGUGGUCGAGGAAAUGCAAUCCGGCGAAAUUUUCAACAUGAUCUUCGAAAGUUCCAAUAUUUCUGCGGGCGAUACACAGGCGCCAAAACGAAAGGAAAGGCCCGUUCACGAGGGGGUUAAGUUGGAAGCAGAACCUCCCCCCGAGAGCGAUAAACCCCUCACACCGUAUAACACGGAGAGGCCCCAGGCCUUGAACCAUGACUUGUUUUUUCAAGCUGGACUGGAGGACCCAGAAUGCUGCGGAAUCGAUGCGAGCGUUUUAAAUGUGGCCAUGGUUGUGGGCUACUUGGGAUCCAUUGAACUUCCUUCUUCUAGCUCAAAUCUGGAGUACGACAGCUUGCAGGCCAUCCGUGGCUGCAUACGCCGCCUUCGGGCCGAGCAAAGGAUCCAUUCGUUGGUGGCCAUGCAGAUCAUGCACGACGCCAUUCAGCUGCGCACGAACCCGUCUGCCGUGAUUGCUACCUACCCAGCCGAGAAGCUGGCCUUUAGCGCGCUCUGUCCCGACGACAAAAGGUUUUUUGGACUGGUCACCAUGCAGAGCGUUGAGGAGGCGAGCUUAGCUCCGGAGGAUGAAGCGGUCUUGAGGACAUCCUGUCACGUCUUUAUGGUGGAUCCGGAGCUCUUCAGUCAUAAAAUUCAUCAGGGUAUCGCCCGACGGUUCGGAUUGGAAUGCACAGCCGAUCCAGACACUGACGGUUGCCUCGAGUUCCCCUUGUCGUCUCUCCCGGUCCUUCAGUUCGUCUCCGUCCUGUACAGGGACAUGGGGGAUUUCAUCGAGGGGGUGAGGGCCAGGGCCUUCCUGGAUGGAGAAGCGGACGCCCAGCGGAACAACAGCAUGAGCAGUAACAGUGACAGCGGGAUCGGGAACGUCAACCAGGAGGAAAAAAGUCGGGUUUUAGUAGUUGAUUUGGGAAGCAACUCCAACAAACACGCGCUUAGCAAUCUCCAGGUCAGUCCAAUAAACAGAGCUCAAAAUUCCCACUGGAAUUUUGGUCACGAACAAGAAAACAUAGGAUUGGGAGCCACGUUUCAGAACGACAAAUCUCAAAACCUAAGUAAAUUCCUGGCGUCUUCGGCUCACGUUGACGUUCUGGGGACGUCGUCGAAAACCUCAGGGCCCCCGGGUCAGAAGAACCCCGGGGACCAUCAGCGGUGGUUGCCUGCACACGUCCUGAAAGACUGGCAGCACGGAUGCCUAAGCGACCAAGAGUCGUACACGGAUUCUACCGACGGCUGGUCAAGUGUCAACUGCGGGACACUUCCGCCUCCCAUGAGUAAAAUCCCAGCGGACAGAUACAAAGUCAGCGGCAGCUUUGGUCCGCCUCAUCUCCUGUCCCCAAAGAAAGAAGUGGCGGAGACAGAAUUUCCGAGGGAGGAUCGCUUGGAUUCUCGACAUGGGUUCAGAUCCCCCAAAGAAGACAAGAAAGGCGCGAAGUUCGGACCCGCUUUCGGAUUGGUCCAACUCUUCCAUCACUCCUCUUCGGCUCGGAGAUCGUUUGGGCGCUCCAAGAGAUUCAGCGUUACCCGUUCGCUCGAGGAUCUCGAGUCUACAACCGUGUCUGAUGGAGAGCUGAAUCACAGUGACUUGAAAGAUGGCGCCAGUGACACCAGCCUCAGCAGCAAUGCCAGCCUGCCCAGCGUCCAGAGCUGCCAACGACAACGAGAAAGAAGAGUUGCCAGCUGGGCGGUUUCUUUUGAGCGUCUUCUACAGGAUCCCCUUGGUAUUCGAUAUUUCUCUGAUUUUUUACGGAAGGAAUUUAGUGAAGAAAACAUCCUGUUCUGGCAAGCCUGCGAAUGUUUUAACCACAUACCUGCUCAUGACAAAAAGGAGCUUUCAUUCAGAGCGCAGGAGAUCUUUAAUAAAUACUUAUGCAGCAAAGCUACGACUCCGGUCAAUAUCGACAGCCAAGUCCAGCUGGCGGACGAUGUCCUGACCGCACCGCAUCCGAACAUGUUCAAAGAUCAGCAGCUUCAGAUUUUCAAUUUGAUGAAAUUUGACAGCUACGCACGCUUUCUGAAGUCUCCGUUUUACCAAGAAUGUGUUUUAGCCGAAGUGGAAGGCCGUACGGUUCCUGAUCUGCAAUGGGUCCCAAGCAGCCCUACUGUGAAGUCCAAUAUCAGUCCGGACAUGUUCGGUGUUUCCUCUCCGAGAAAGUUAGGCGGAAAAGCCAAGUCUGGGCGCUCCUUAAAUGAAGAAUCUGGAGAAGAAGAUGGCGAGAAAAAGAAAAAGGGGACUUUUUUUUCGUGGUCGAGAAGCAAGAGUUUGGGGAGGUCACAGAAGAAGAAGGAGAACGGCAGUUGCCUCAAAGAGUGUUCUCAGCCUGGUGGACUCUCCUACAGACAUAAAUCACAAGAUUCCUUGUCUUCGGCUGCCAGUCUGGAAAUGGGCGAGCCCUGCCGACCAUCGGGACCUCCUGCGGCAAAAGAGAAGCCCCCCAAGUGUUGCCAUGUCCACCUGCCCGACGGCUCCACUUCCGUCAUGCCCGUCAGAGGCGGGUUCUCCAUCAAAGAGGUGCUCUCCGACUUCUGCGAAAGGCAACGGAUCAGCAUGACUGCGGUCGACCUCUUUUUAAUCGGCGGAGAUAAGCCACUCGUAUUGCACCAGGACAGCAGCAUUUUGGAUUCUCAAACUCUUCGCUUAGAAAAAAGGACAUUAUUUCGGCUGGACCUGCUCCCUAUAAAUAGAUCGGUUGGCUUAAAGGCUAAACCCACCAAGCCCGUCACAGAAGUUCUGCGUCCAGUCGUAGCAAAAUACGGAUUGAAUCUUAAUAAUCUCGUGGCCAGACUAAACGGCGAGCAGGAACUCUUAGACCUCGGGGCGCCCAUCUCCAGCCUUGAUGGACAGAGGGUGAUUCUGGAAGACAAGAUAUCGAAAAAAGGGAAAGACAAGGGGAAAGGAGCCUCCUUAAAACACAAUGCGCCUAUAACUGCUAACGCAGGAAACCAAGCACCCACAGGCGAAGGAAGACCUGUUGGAAAGCACAAUUCUUUUAAAUUAAAAGGCGAGUCGGGGAAAAGCUCUCGAGAAGCCUACCUAGCCCCAAGGGAAGACCGCCUUGCUCAACCUGAAAAAAACACACGCCAGCCUUUGAAUUUGGAAGAAGCAGAGGAGUUUUUCGAACUCGUAUCCAAAGUCCAGAGGAACCGAGCCGACGACCAGCGAGGGUUGCUGAGAAAAGAAGACCUGGUUUUGCCCGACUUCCUUCAAAUGCCCCCGUGCCAGGCGGGCAUUUCUACAGGCGCUUCCCUGAGGGCGUCCCAUCCUGACGGCCAGGAGGACAGAAAAUGGCCACAACCCCCAAGCGACUCGGCAGCCGGACAAAGAGGUCCAGAGAAGGCUCUGGAGAUGCCCGUCAGCCUCAACCAAGCGACCACCGAUGGCACCGACCCCGGCACUGCCCCACACCCUCCGAAUCUGCUUUUGCAGGGCAACCCCAGGCGGGAAGAAGAGGUGGAGACAAUGGAGGAGGAGGAGGAUGAUGUGGUCCUGGCAGACCUGACCCUGGUACCCGAGGGGGACAUGGCCAGCCCCCCAAACCGCAGGCUAACCCUUUCCAGGACGGAAAGUCCCACAGAGGCCAAAACCGCCUCCGGGAAAUUCAGACCAGGUGUGCUCCCCAAGCCUAGAACCCUCCUCCGAGGGAGCGGGGGAAGCCUUGACGACCCAACCUCCCCAACCCGUCAUCGUGACUUUAACCCCGCCGGGAUCGGAAAGGAAACCUGUAGACCUGAACUCCCGAUCCGUUGCGUCAUCGAUGUGGACAGUGUUACGACAUCGCCAGGCCCGCGGUGGUCUUGUCCCGAACCGGAGAGCCAUCUCCUUUUUGACGGUGGCGUCUCAGAGCUCAGGUCCGGCCAGCCGAAAAGACAAACGAGAACUCAAAGGACAUCCAACCUUCCCUCUGUCCCGGUGGCCGGGAGUGUGGAGAACGAGGGUCCUUGUAAGGCGACUUUCGUUUGAAAGUCUGGAUGCACAACUCCUGGGGCUUUGGCUACCUGAGGCAUUCACAGUGGCGCGGUGGUGAGAGUGCAGUACUGCAGGCUACUUCUAUUGACUGCUGGCUGCCUGCAAUUUGGCAGUUCAAAUCUCACCAGGCUCAAGGUAGACUCAGCCUUCCCUCCUUCCGAGGUCAGUAAAGUGAGGACCCAGAUUGUUGGGGGUGAUAGGCUGACUCUGUAAACCACUUAGAGAGGGCUGUAAAAGCACUGGGAAGCGGUAUAUAAGUCUAUUGCCCCUUCCUUCCUUCCUUCCUUCCUUCCUUCCUUCCUUCCUUCCUUCCUUCCUUCCUUCCUUCCCAGUGGUUAGAAUGCAGUAUUGCAGGUUAACUCUGCCCAAUGCCGGCAGUUCAAUCCUGACUGUCUCAAGGUUGACUCAGUCUUCCAUCCUUCUGGGGUGGAUAAAACGAGAACUCAGAUUGUUGUGGGCAUGAGGCUGACUCUGUAAACCACUUAGGGAGGGGCUGUAAAAGCACUUUGAAGCAGUAUAUAAGUCUAAGUGCUAUUGCUAGUCCUCCCUCCCUCCCUUCCAUCCUUCCUUCCCAGUGGUUAGAAUGCUGUAUUGCAGGCUAACUCUGCCCAGUGCCAGCAGUUCAAUCCUGACCGGCUCCAAGGUCGACUCAGCCUUCCGUCCUUCCGAGGUUGGUCAAAUGAUGAGCCAGAUUGUUGGGGGCCAGAGGCUGGCUCUGUAAACCGCUUAGAGAGGGAUGCACGGUAAAAUGGUAUAUAAGUCUAAGUGCUAUUGCUAUUGCAGGCAAACUCUCCCUACUGCUGGCAGUUCGAUCCUGACCAGCUCAAAGUUGACUCAGCUUUCCAUCUUUCCGAGGUUGAUAAAAUGAGGAGCCAGAUUGUUGAGGGGCAAGAGGCUGACUCUGUAAACCGCUUAGAGAGGGGCUGUGAAAGCGCCAUGAAGCGGUAUAUAAGUCUGAGUUCUAUUGCUACUCGUGCAGCGAACAUUCUGGGCAGCCCCACCGUCAUCGGGCAGAAGGGAAUCUAUUGACGCCCGUUUGAGAAUGCGGAAAAGAUGCAUUCAGUCCAGACCUUACCACCAAAGCUUCUCUCCGUUGUUGGUUCUCCAACUGUAAAUGUGCUCUUCGAUGCGCAACACUUCCACUCUCUCCUUUAUGCAGCGUCUUUGCAGGGGAGGGAGAGGAACUGGGCUCCACCGCCCAGGUUCACCCAUCCUGGCAAAGUCACCUUGCUGUGGAGAAGCGACCCUGGGCCAAACGGAUGUUCCAAAUUCACCACCGUCCACUGAGGAUUCGCGUGAUAACUCCAAUCCUGGGUUUUUCCAUGGCAGCCCCUAUGAAAUUAGAGAUUUUCGUACUUUCUUUGCCAGUCACACGAUUCCACGGCUGCCCAAAUAUCUACAGUAGUGGCCAAAAUUGUGGAAACCUUUUGGGAAAAGUGUAUUUUCUAAAACUAGCUAAUAACACCACUUUUUUUAUUAUUAUUUUUGGAAUAGUACCAUAAAAUUAUAUAUCAAUGGGAAGAUAAUUUAAUCAGGAAUGAAAUGCAAUGACUUUUAGGAAGGAUUUGCUGUUAGAAUAGCAGUUACAGUAUAAAGAAGAAAAAUGAAACACCUAGAAAAAACAAGUUACACAAAAAUUAUCCCAUAGAAAAAACGAGAUAUACAAAAAUGAUCCCCAUGUCAGUUAAUGCUUAGUUGGGUAGAAUAGAAUAGAAUAGAAUAGAAUAGAAUAGAAUAGAAUAGAAUAGAAUAGAAUAGAAUAGAAUAGAAUAGAAUGAAAAUAAAUGGAAUGGAAUGGAAUAGAACAGAACAGAACAGAUAUUGGAAUGAAGAAUAGAAUAGAAUAGAAUAGAAUAGAAUAGAAUAGAAUAGAAUAGAAUAGAAUAGAAUAGAAUAGAAUAGAAUAGAAGUUUUUAUUCACCAAGUGUGAUUGGACACACAAGGAAUUUGUCUUGGUGCAUACGCUCUCAGUGUACAUAAAAGAAAAGAUACCUUCAUCAAGGUACAACAUUUACAACACAAAUGAUGGUCAUCAUUAAUUCAUAAAUUAAUUAAUUAAUAAAUUUCAUGCUAAAGUAACCUUUAGCAUGAAUGACGGCCUUACAACGGUCUUCCCAUGGAGUGAACCAAGUCUUUUAGUUCUGCAGCUGUUCUAAUGUGAAACCAAGAUUGAAUGAUGGCUUCUAUUAACUGGGUUUUAUUGCUGGGUCGCUUCUGACUAACCAGUUUCUUUAAUUGGCUCCAUAGAUUUUCCAUUGGGUGAAGGUCUGGGCUAUUCCCAGGCCAUUCCAGCAGUGGAAUAGGAUUAUCUUGAAACUCC